UGUUAGAGUUUAAAGAUAUGUUUCAUUUCCGAUUUCCAGGAAAAUGACAUUGUUAGACAUUGCCUUAUCUACCGUCUUUGUUUCCACUGCCGUUGUUUUAGUUUUCUCGUUAGGCUUAGUGAAUGUGUGGAAAAAGAAUAGGAAGCUUCCCCCCGGUCCAUGGGGUCUUCCGUUUUUGGGAUAUUAUCCUUUCAUAUCAGGAAAACUGUACAAGAAUUUCACUCCAUUAGCUAAGAAAUAUGGAGAUGUGUUUAGUUUUAGAACUGUUGGAGGGAAAUUGGUGGUAGUAAUAAAUGGACCAAAAAGCAUAAAAGAAGUGUUCGUAAAUAGAUCUGACGAAUUUAAUGGGAGGCCACCAGAUUGCAAUGUUUUAGAAUGGAUUAGUAAUGGUUUAGGACUGAUACAGGAAGAGGGUCAAGUAUGGAAAGAACAUCGACGAUUUUUUCUGCAUACUGUGAAGAAUUAUGGAUUUGGGAAGAUCGAGCUAGAAGAAGUUAUACACGAGGAAAUCAAGACACUCCUGGAUGACAUGAGGGCCACGAGAGGUGAUCCAACGGAUUUUGACAUUCCCAUGGCUUAUGCGGUGAACAGCGUCAUUUCACAUGUGUUGUUUAGGAGGAAACAUGACAAGGAUUUCUUCCCGAAGCUAAUAGACGCUUUUCAUCAUCUGCUAGAAAUAUUUUCCAGUCACCGUUUUUUGCUUGUGGGCUUUGUUUUUCGAUACAUAGCUAUUCAAUUCUUUUCAUGGUCUUCUGAAAUACGGAGGGCUAGGACGUUUGCCAGGAAGGUAUACAGGGAUAUAAUCGAUGAUCACAUUUAUAACUACGAUCCAAAUCAUCUUAAAGAUUACGUGGACAGCUAUUUACACCACAUAGAGAAAUUGAAACAAGAAGGAAAGCUGUUCAAUAGCUCUUUUACAAGGGAUAGAUUGAUAGCAAUCUCAAUGAAUAUGACAAUGGAAGGUACCGAAACUGUCUCAGCUGCUAUUCUCUGUCUUCUUAUGAGAGCCAGUGGUCAGCCAGAAGAACAGAAGCUUGUACAAAAAGAGCUGGAUGCUGUGGUUGGAAGAGACAGGUUGCCAUCGUGGCAGGACAGGCAGAACUUACCAUACUUUGAGGCUUUCAUUCAAGAAUUGAACAGAACAGGACAAUCUUUUUACACCACUGCACAGUACAGUAACUACGAGGAUACAACUGUCAACGGAUAUCUCAUUCCCAAGCGAAGUAUCAUCUAUGCCAAUCUAUGGACGAUCAACAAUGAUCCAGUCACAUUUCCGGAACCAGAAAAGUUUGAUGUGGGUCGAUUUCUCGGAAAGGAUGGCAAGAAAAUAAAAAAAGAAGGACCCUAUCCCUUCGGAAUCGGGAAAAGAGAUUGUCCAGGUCAGUCCUUAGCACAAAUGGAAGCAUUCCUUAUAUUGGCGGCUAUUUUUCAGAAUUUUACUCUUCGUCCUGGAAAUGGAAAUACAACCUUCAGGGCUAUUGCAAGAAGUGACCCAAAGACUGAAUAAAUUAUUUUAAGAAUUUUU